AUGGCUUCACUGAGAAGAGUCAAAGUGCUGCUGGUGUUGAACUUGAUCGCCGUGGCCGGCUUCGUGCUCUUCCUGGCCAAGUGCCGGCCCAUCUCGGUGCGCAGCGGAGACGCCUUCCACGAGAUCCGGCCGCGCGCCGAGGCGGCCAACCUCAGCGCGCACAGCGCCAGCCCCAUCCAGGAUGCGGUCCUGAAGCGCCUCUCGCUGCUCGAGGACAUCGUCUAUCGGCAACUGAACGGCUUAUCCAAAUCCCUUGGGCUCAUUGAAGGCUAUGGCGGGCGGGGCAAAGGGGGCCUUCCUGCUACCCUUUCCCCCGCAGAAGAAGAGAAAGCCAAGGGACCUCACGAGAAGUAUGGCUACAAUUCCUACCUCAGUGAGAAAAUUUCACUGGAUCGUUCCAUUCCGGAUUAUCGUCCCACCAAGUGCAAGGAGCUGAAGUACCCCAAGGAGCUGCCGCAGAUCUCCAUCAUCUUCAUCUUCGUGAACGAGGCGCUGUCGGUGAUCCUGCGGUCCGUCCACAGCGCUGUCAACCACACACCCACACACCUGCUCAAGGAGAUCAUCCUGGUGGAUGACAACAGCGACGAAGAGGAGCUGAAGGCCCCCCUGGAGGAGUACGUGCACAAACGCUACCCCGGGCUGGUGAAGGUGGUGCGCAACCCGAAGAGAGAGGGCCUGAUCCGCGCUCGCAUCGAGGGCUGGAAGGUGGCCACGGGCCAGGUCACUGGCUUCUUUGAUGCCCACGUGGAGUUCACCGCUGGCUGGGCCGAGCCGGUGCUGUCCCGAAUCCAGGAGAACCGGAAGCGGGUGAUCCUUCCGUCCAUCGACAACAUCAAGCAGGACACGUUUGAGGUGCAGCGGUACGAGAACUCGGCCCACGGCUACAGCUGGGAGCUGUGGUGCAUGUACAUCAGCCCCCCGAAAGACUGGUGGGACGCCGGGGACCCGUCUCUCCCCAUCAGGACGCCCGCCAUGAUUGGCUGCUCCUUCGUGGUCAACAGGAAGUUCUUCGGGGAAAUCGGUCUGCUGGACCCUGGGAUGGAUGUGUACGGGGGAGAAAACAUCGAGCUCGGAAUCAAGGUGUGGCUCUGCGGGGGCAGCAUGGAGGUCCUGCCUUGCUCACGAGUGGCCCACAUCGAGCGGAAGAAGAAACCUUACAACAGCAACAUUGGUUUCUACACCAAGAGGAAUGCCCUCCGGGUUGCUGAGGUCUGGAUGGACGACUACAAGUCUCACGUGUACAUAGCGUGGAACCUGCCCCUGGAGAACGCGGGAAUUGACAUAGGCGAUGUGUCCGAGAGAAGAGCCUUGAGGAAGAGUUUAAAGUGCAAGAAUUUCCAGUGGUACCUGGACCACGUGUACCCGGAAAUGAGAAGAUACAAUAACACCGUCGCAUACGGGGAGCUUCGAAACAACAAGGCGAAAGACGUCUGCUUGGACCAGGGGCCACUGGAGAACCACACAGCAAUACUGUACCCGUGCCACGGCUGGGGACCCCAGCUCGCCCGCUACACCAAGGAGGGCUUCCUGCACUUGGGCGCCCUGGGGACCACCACGCUCCUCCCUGACACCCGCUGCCUGGUGGACAACUCCAAGAGUCGGCUGCCCCAGCUCCUCGACUGCGACAAAGUCAAGAGCAGCCUGUACAAGCGCUGGAACUUCGUCCAGAAUGGUGCCAUCAUGAACAAGGGCACAGGGCGUUGUCUAGAGGUGGAGAACCGGGGCGUGGCUGGCAUUGACCUCAUCCUCCGCAGCUGCACGGGACAGAGGUGGACAAUUAAAAACACGAUCAAGUAGCGGGGAGUGGCAGGGGCCCCCAGAGCCCGGCCCCCGGGACGGGGUCUGCCCGUCUUCUGGACCGGCCGUGCCGGUGGAGAGACAGCAGGAAGCUGGCAGGUGCUCAGCGGGCCUCCCGGGGCUUCUCCAGGGCAGCACAGGGGCCCCAGAGGGAGACGUGGUGUCCCCCCUUUGGCACUCAGCUGCCGUGAGGCCCGCGCUCCCUGGAAGAGCCCCAACCCCUCCUCUGGGAACCUGGGAGCCGCGUCUUCUGCUGCCCGGACGUGGCCCGCGUACUGUGGCACGAAACCCCCACGUCCUCCGCGUCCUCUUCCCAGCCGCCCUCUGGACUGGGACUGGCAGGGCCCCUCCUCCUUCUCAUCCCUCUCUUGCAGCAGCUUCUGAACACUGCCCCCAGCCCUCAGUAGAGCAGGGCCCGUGCUCAGCCGCCUCCUGUCUUCCCCUCCUCGGAGGGGACCCCGGGGUCCCAGCACUCCAUGUCCCUCGACGUCGCUUCUGCCCAGAUGCCCACUUUGAGGCAGCCUCCACCCCAACCUUUCCCCCAGGCGGACGGACCUGGACUUUCCUGGACCCGCCCGCAGAUGGCCUGGGAGGAAUGAGUGGUCCCACGGUCACCCAGUGGGGCCCUAAGCUCCCGUGUCCCUGGGCCAGCGGCUCUGCUAGGUCUGCAGGGAGCCAGCGACACGGAGAGGCUGAGCACGGAGGGCGGUCGUGGCUGGGAGGGGCCCCCGGGGCUGGCGCCGAGCCAGGGGCAGCUCUGCUCUCCCGGGGACCAGGGAGCCCUGACUCGCCUAUAGCUUAAGGACUGAAGCCAGCACAGCGAGGGGCGAGGGGCAGGGGGCGGGCUCGGGACCCCGGGGGUGCUCUGUGUCCGUCGCGUGUCACCCCGCACUCUGCUGGCUGGGGGCGGAGAAGGCAGCCGACUCCUCCCUGAAGAGUAAUCAUUUCUGCGAUUGCCCUCCGGUUGGGGUGCCCUUACACAUCGGAGGUAGCGUACGGACACGUGUGCACGCCUGCGAGGGUGUGCCUGUGCGAUGCGUGGCGGCGGGGGCUGCGCACGCGUGUGUCUGGGCGUGAGCCGCAGUGUGUGCAGAGCGGGCGUCCGUGCCUGGCCGCGGGCGUGUCGCUUCGGGGCUCGCCUGGAUCGGGACGAGGCUGCUGGAAGCCGGUGGGGGUGGGGGUGGGGGUCAGCCACGCCUCUCUGGCCUGGAGGACACCCCCGCCUUGCCCCAUGUGGAGCCCAGAUGAAGCCUGUCCCUUUUGCCAGUUCCCCGCUGUCCCUCAUCCUGUCCCCAGAGGCCAAGCCCUGCCCAGAACCAAAUCCUGUAGUCGCCCAGUGGGGUUCACUGUGUCUCCUUUGGUGGCAUCUUCUUGGUGAUCGCGCCCUGCCCCGUUCCUCCCUUGUGAAAUAAACACAUGUGAGCACUUCCCAGA